AUGAAUACAAAUUGGGACUUAGGAGAAGAACGUGUGAAAAUCGAGAAGGCUAGUGAGUAUUUAUCAGAAAGGUUUCAAGAACGGUUCCAAAAUGAGAAGUUUGAACCUAGGGCAUUAAUCAUUUGUGGAUCUGGUCUAUCAGGCAUCCCCGAUAAACUAAAUAAAGAUAAAUUGGAGCCUUUGGUUAUUCCAUAUGAGCUAAUUCCCGGUUUCAAAAGAAGCACAGUUCCUGGUCACUCAGGUAACUUAGUGUUUGGAAUAAUGAACGAUUACCCUGUGGUUUUAAUGAGUGGUAGAUUACAUGGAUAUGAAGGAAAUACAAUGCAAGAAACAGUCUUCCCAAUCAGAGUUUUGCACCAUUUUUCUAAGGGAGGAAUUAAGACACUAAUUGUUACCAACGCUGCGGGUGGCAUCAAUUCCGAAUUUAAACCAGGAGACAUAAUGUGUAUAUAUGAUCAUAUCAACUUCCCAGGCUUAGCAGGAUUACACCCAUUGAAAGGGCCAAAUUUUGAUGACAUAGGUCCAAGAUUUCUUGCAUUAAGUGAUGCGUACAGUCACGACCUAAGAAAACUUUUAUUCCAAACCCACAACGAACUUAAAAUGGAUAGACCAUUACAUGAAGGUACAUAUUUUUUUGCAUCAGGACCAACUUUUGAAACUCGUGCCGAAUCUAGAAUGAUUAGAAUAUUGGGAGGUGAUUCGGUUGGAAUGAGUACGGUACCUGAAGUAAUCGUAGCCAGACAUUGUGGGUGGGAUGUCUUAGCAUUGAGUUUAAUAACAAAUGUUGCAGUUAUUGAUCACCCACCAAGUGGUAAAAUUGAUACACCUGUUCCAAUGGACUAUGGAAAAGCUUCGCAUGCAGAAGUAUUGGAAAAUGGUAGAAUAGCAUCUAAGGAUGUAGAAACGUUGAUUUCUACGUUUGUAGGAAAAUUACAUUACAGAGAGUAA